CGAAAAGCAGACACGAUAAUGGUGAGCCGCGACACUGGUGGCCGUCUCAUCAAGCUACUUUUGUACACAAUGGCGCUACCCACGAUCUCAAGACUUGGUUUUGAACUGACAAGGAUAGGACAGAAUGGAUCACGAAGUUUUGUUACAAGCAGUUGUUGCCUGGUAGAACAAGAUUGGCGAUACAAAAACGGACUACCGAGAAAUCCGAAUGCAUAUGGUCCCCUGACUGACGGACGUGACUUUACUUUUGUUGAUCAAAGAGUUACCCCAAUUGGUGCUGGUCAACUAAAACGUCUUGAGAAACACAGAAUUUAUGCAGAAAAAAUUCUGCAAACUGUAAAAGAAAUGAAUUUUGCAAUUGAGAGGCGUGCAAACCUUCAAAAACAGAGUGUUGAAAAACGGAAAGAGAUCCUAGAAAGCAAAUUGAAACCUAAAGGUCACUUGCUGCUUUCUGAACGAAAAUGAAAAAUGAAAUUUUCUAGUACAACAUAAUUCAUGUAAUAAAAGAUUAACAAUAAUGAUGAA